AUGGUGCCCAGUUCUUCACGAGAAUCAGAGGCCAAGGACAAACUAAGAGAGCAGAAGUCCAGGCAUGUACUCCACAUAGUCAACCAAAAAAACUUUCAGGUUAAAGAUAAAGCAAAACUAGCUACCACCGAUCUUAAAGAGAGAAACACUCUGAUUCCUCAGCAAGGUCAUGAAAACAAACCAGUUAAUGUUGAUGAAGCUACAAGUUUGAUGGCGCAAGUGUAA